AUGCUCCCAGGUUACACUAGAAAACUGCCGGGAGCGGCGCAGCAGCUGGUCGAGAAGGCGCUGCUGGACAAGGAUCUAGUCGAUGCGCCUGCUCACGACGAGAGGUGGGUCAAGCUGUACGACGAUUUGCAGCGGCUUGUCAAGGAGGCACCCACAUCGAGCACCUCCUCGAACAACGACCAAGCAAACGAGGAUGAGGAUGACGACUCAUCAUCGUACCAAUGGGCGUCUUCCCCGGACGAAGAACCCUCCACCAUCGCUUCUCCUUCCAGAUUCGUAUCGAACCCCCAUUCACAAGCGCACCACACCUCCCACCUCCCCCACGACGCCCUUUCCACCGCCGUUCACCGCAGGAUCUCGCACCGGCUCACCAACAAGACUCGUGCGCUGCCCAAAUCCGUCCUCCCCGCAAGCUGGGACCCGGCCUCGUUGACGGCGCUGAGCAUGCUGGUCGAGGAGCUGGCACGGUCGCAGGCGCACUUUAAUGCGCAGCGGACCAUGUUUGCCAAGUCGCCGAGGAAUCAGGCUUUGGCGGCCAAGCGGGCGGCUCUGAAGGGCAAGGGGAAAGAUACAGGCGAGGAGGCUCCGUCAGCACCAGCAGAAUCAGCAUCGGACUAA